AUGUGGACGCAUGCACAUGUACAUCAUUGGAUUGCUCAGCCUGAUCGCUGGGAUGCCGUCCUGUCAAUCCCAGAUGAGGUGAAUGCCGUGGUGGUGGACCUGGGGUCCUUCACUGUGAAAGUGGGCUAUGCUGGAGAGGACACCCCCAAGCACGUCUUCCCCUCGCUCACCCUUGCCGGCAUUGAUCCAAAAUCACAGGCCCUUGGCAGCAUUGACUCCCCUCCCAAUGGCGAUGCCAUGGAGGUGGAUGGUGUCGGCCCGUCUGGGAGGACCUUCAAAGUGGGCACAGCCAGCCUUGCCGUGCCCCAAGAUGGGCUGGAGGUGAUUUCCCCAUUCUCUGAGGCUGGAGUCCUGGAGGACUGGGACGCCCUUGAAGCACUCUACAACCAUGCCUUCAAGGAUCAGCUGCGGCUCGACCUCAAGGAGCAUCCGCUCAUGCUGGGAGAGCCCUCAAACACACCCCGCCCAGUUCGGGAAAAGCAAGUGGAGCUGCUGUUUGAGAGAUACGACACGCCUGCCGUCUUCCUGGCGAAAAACGCGGUGCUGAGUGCCUUCUCGACGGGGCGACAGACGGCGCUCGUCGUGGACGCCGGACACGCCCAGACGAUGGUGGCGGCCGUGCAUGACGGGUAUGUGCUCCAGAAGUCGGUGAUCCGGAGUCCCCUGGGCGGAGCCCUGCUGACGCGGUGCCUCAUGCACUCUGUCCAGUCCGGCGGCACGCGCAUCCACCCUCGCUUCGACUUCCAGAGGGUCGAGACCGUGCCCGGCCAGUUUGAGGUCAAGUACGAGGCCAGGAAGUACCGCGGGCCGGAUGGCGAGCUGCACGCCGUGACGGCCACCGACUCCUACCGCCGCCACACCGUGCUGUCCAUCGCGCAGGACCUGAAGGACGCGGUGUGCCGCGUCUCCGACGGCCCCUUUGACCCCGAGGAGAACGCCAACAUCCCCCAGGUCACCUACGAGCUGCCCGACGGGCAGGAGAUCCAGGUGGGCGCCGACCGCUUCGCCGUGCCGGAGGCGCUGUUCAACCCCGGCCUGCUCGCCAGGUACGGCGCGGAGGGUGCGCCGGACGACGCCGCGCCGGCCCCCGCCCCCCUUCAGGCGGCGGUGAAUGAGUGCGUGGCGCGCUGCGACGUGGACGCGCGGCGCGAGCUCUACGCCAACGCGCUGCUGACCGGGGGGACCGCGGGUUUCGCCUCGCUGCGGGAGCGCCUGGAGCGCGAGGUGACCGAGGCAGCGCCCGCCCUGGCCCGCGUCAAGCUGGUGUCACCCAGCAACCCCGUGGAGCGGCGCUACAGCGUGUGGAUUGGGGGCUCGGUGCUGGCCAGCCUGGGGUCCUUCCAGCAGAUGUGGAUGUCCAAGGCCGAGUACGCGGAGUAUGGCCCGGGCCUCAUCCACAAGAAGGCGCCGUGA